AUGCCACGUGUCAGAAGGUCACUGAGACAGCAUUGUUGGCAGACAAAAUUUUUUGUGAACCAACGUCCGUAUAAUAUGGCAUACUACCUAGCCGACGGUAUCUAUCCUUCUUAUCCAACCUUCGUUAAAUCAAUUCGACUUCCUCAGAGUGAACCAGACAAGUUAUUUGCACAUCAUCAAGAAGGAUGUCGGAAGGACAUCGAGCGUGCAUUUGGAGUCUUACAAGCUCGAUUUAAAAUCAUUCGCGAACCAGCUCGCAUGUGGGACAUAAACGAUUUGGCUAUCAUCAUGCGAUCAUGUAUCAUAUUGCAUAAUAUGACUGUUGAAGAUGAACGAGAUACAUAUGCUCAACAUUGGACUGAUUAUGAUCAAUCUGAGGCAAGUGGUUCUAGUACACCACAACCAUUCUUGACCGAGGUGUUACCUGCAUUUGAAAAUCAUGUGCGAGCUAGAUCUGAGUUACGUGAUUCAAGUGAGCAUCAUGAAUUGCAAGCAGAUCUAGGCAAACACAUCUGGGCAAAAUUUGGAAUGUUCCGAGAUUAA